CCGUGCUGCAGUCCGGAGAGUCGGACACUAGUGUGUCAUGGGCACCAGUCGAGUCCGAUGCAGCUUCGUGGGAAGCUCACUGGGCGACUACAGCUGCUGAGGAUGGACAAUACGCUGCUUUUACCGAGGCCCCGUUGUUUGAAGAAGCGCAUGCAUCUCAGCAGCCGUGGGCAGAAGAGCCAUACGGAGCACCAGCAGAGCACACGCAAGAAGCGCUUCAUUGGAGCAACCCGAGUGCCUCCGGAACCGACGUUGACGACGGCAGUCAAAGCCCUGAACCUGCGAGGACGGCAGCAAACGAAUCGGCCGGCAGGAUUGAGCCCACACCCGCGCAUGAUCGCGUCACCACGCCAGCGUCGUCAUUGCUGUCGGACGACGCUGUUGAUGAUGCCACGACCAAGCAUGCAAGCCACGAGACGCCACUGGUCCAACAAUCGUUGGCGACGGCCCAGACCCUGAACCAGGCUCGAGUUCCUUCCGAGAAGCUCAAAGCACCCGACACGCCAGUGGUCGCCGCGCCUUCGACACCCGACGUAGCGGUCGACUCGUUCAUCUUGUAAAAUACACACAUCGAUUGGUAUGAUU